UCAUCCCGCUUCGUUUGCGCACCUUCGCGCCUAUAAAGAAACGCGACGCCAUGAACGUCAACCACAGCAGAAGGCUCUAAAACCAUCAGCCCUCGAGAAAUGGCCAAUGCCCCGUCCGCUUCCAUCCUCUCCUUCUUCCUAUCCAUUGCGAUCCUCCUCGUCUCCUCGAUCACGGCCAAUGCAGGCGGGGACCAUGAGCUGAGCUGGAUGCUGCCGGCCCCGAUGAGGGCCCCGGGGUGCCAAGGCCCGAUCGCCGAGUGCCUGGCGGAGGACGAGUUCGGGAUGGACUCGGAGAUCAGCAGGCGGAUCCUGGCGACCAUGCCGCGGCACAUCAGCUACGAUGCGCUGCAGCCGGGCACCGUGCCGUGCUCCCUGAGGGGGGCGUCCUACUACAACUGCAGGCCUGGCGCCGAGGCGAACCCGUACAACCGCCCCUGCAGCGUUAUCACCAAGUGUCGUAGCUGAGAAAAAUGGUGAAGUGGCUGUGUAUGUACCUAUAUGUUUCCUGAUGUUUCCCCUGUGCUUGUGGUGUGGACGUGUUCAUGUCAUUGUGAAAUCAUGUAAAGAAGCUAAAGCUCUCAUUUGUUCCUCCUGCCUCCUCAUCCAUCUUCUUCUCUCUCCUUUCUGCCUCCUGAAUAAUACGAACUCUUUCUAGUCA